UUGUAACUACAUCAUUCAAGUCAUUCAGACAGUUUCAGUAGUUUUUUUUUUUAAAUUAACAAAAUAGCCACUUCCUAGUCAGCUGAUAAUGAACCUUUCGAACUAGAAUAUCUAAUUAUAGCCCAAUUAGUUAACUAGGACAAAAUGAAGUGAAUUUAGUGUGGUUUAGUGUAAUAAUUAAAGUGGAUAAAAUGGUAUUUACAAAUAGCCUAUGAUUUCUAAAUAUGCCAAUAAGCUGUCAAUAACAAUGUUUGAGAAAAACUAGAAAUUCUUUGUGAACGGCGUAGCCACCACAUUUUAGGUAUGUCAAGAAAAAACUUAUUCGCUUAAAAGUUAAAUUUUGUUAGUUAAAAAUGCUGCACGUAUUCCACGUGGAUUCUGGACGGAUGAUGACUUUCGAUAUGAGUCUUGCUCUAGAGAGCGUUGACAAUUUAAAAAAACACGUCCAAGAAGAAUUCAAAAUAGCAGCAGAUAAGCAGGUGUUGCUUAUAAGCGGCGGGGAAUGUUUAGAUCCCAACAAAAGAGUUUGUUCAUUUUCCGCUGGUACUGAUACCAAUCCGAUUUUUUUGUUCAGUAAAUCCAUUAUCGAGUCCCCAAAUCCUCCGUUGCCCAUUGCGGACUAUGGAUCGGAAAGUGAUAUAGAUCUCAAAGUUAAAGAACACUGUGAUAUGCCUGUAACAUUUGGGACUUUAGCCAAAAGGGCCCAAUUGGCACAACAUUUGCUAGAACUGUCCAGGAAACAAUUAUCCGUAUGCGAGAAUCUCGUUCACGAUCAACAUCUCCAGCAGCAAGGAUGGUCAGCGGUGGUGGCGAAUUUAGAAGAUAUUAGUUUGGAAUUUAGCAAAAGAUCUGAAAUUUUCGAGAAAAGUUUUACCGAUUACAUGGAAGAAAGGGAGACCUAUAUGACUUUCUUGAAUCAUUUCAGUAGCGAUUUACAAAUUCUACAGAAGAUACCUGUUCUACCAGCUCUGUUGGAAACGAAACCCCUAGCAAUAGAAGAAUGCAAACCAACGGAACUGGAGGAAGACGAAGAAGAAUGCAUAACAUCACCUACGACCAGUACCGGAAAGGACAUUACCCUUUACGAAUGGAUAUCCGCCGCUGAUAAUAAGAGCACCAUGGACCAACUUUACGACCACUGCUCAAGGGGUUUAGAUCAGUUCAAUAGCGAAAUCUUCAGAACGUUGUCGAGGGACAUUCAAGAGAUGUUACAGAACGCCGAUAACGUGCAAAUGAAGGAAGUUAAAGGCCUAGGUGAGCGGCUGUUCGGUCUCGAAGAAUUAAUGAGAGAAGCGCGGAAGAAAGUUAAACAACAAGCGGAACUUGCGCAAUCAUUUGCAAACAACCAAAGCAGGGCGAGCAAUACGAAAGACCCGUCCGUGCUACCCGAUCUGUGCAUGUCCCACAAGCAACAGCUUCAAAUGAUGGCCGCAAAUCACCAACAACUUUGUGAUAUUCGCCGAAGGUGCGCCAAGGCGAAGGAAGAAUUGAGCAUAAAUUUGUACCAUAGAUUAAAAUGGGUGAUGUACGUGGAGGAUCGAAUACAGGAAAUAGAUCAAAAAUUAGUUAUUUAUCAUGAGAAUUUGAAGAGAUUACGACGACAUUUGGAGAUUUUGCAACAAAUUCAUUUGGCACCGGCCACUUAUUUAUGCGCGGUUGCCGAGGUUGUUAGAAGAAGGGCUUUUUCUCAAUCAUUUUUAUUGUGGGCGUCUGAAUUGGCGUGUCACCUUUUGACCAUACACAACGACGAAGUCACGCGAAGGAAAGAAUUCCAAAUUCAAUUCGAAGGGCAUUUUUUGAAUUCACUAUUUCCCGGUAUGAAUGACAUGCCCCCAUCCUUUGCUACGCAAGCUCCUGCCAUGUUCGAUGUUAUUUUACCUAAAAUUACUUUAGAAGAUAUAAAUAGGUUAAAGGUGGAAUUGCCAGAUUUGGCGGAUAAUUUAAAUAUCCCCGAUACCUCUUCGAUUGAGAACUUCUUCCUUUUACGAUCGCUUACUAGAAAGGACGAUGAAGAGAUUAGGGAUAAACCGGAGGAAACUAAGGCUGUGGAGGAUAAAUUAAUACAGGCUGUCAGUAAUGUAGGGUUGGCUAGUGAUUUGGAUAGGGAUUUACUUAGGGGCACAGGUAACGAACCCUGUUUGACAACUGCGCAUGGUUUAGUACAUCUUAAGGAUUUCGAUAAGGGCUGCGAAUCUGAAACGGACACGGAAGAAUUCGAGAAAGUUAGUCAGAGUCCGCUAGAAAUGAAUUUUGACAAGAACAUUACGACGUUGCAACCUCGCAUGCAAGACGCUUCCACUUUCACAGAGGUCAGUGAGAAAUUAAACGUCCCUCCCAAAAAACCCGUACGCAUCUUUUAUCGUUCCCAAGACUACCAACACGCCUCUUUACAAUACCAGCGCACUUUAAGCAUCUGCAGUAACACCGAAUCGAUCACUAACCAUAAAAACCAUCACUCCUCGGACGAGUUCUCUAAUUCCAAAUCCACCGACAAUUGCCACAUCUCCCACGAGAAAACAUUGUACGGAACUAACCUGCUAACGGCCAAAUCCGUUUCGCCUCACACCCCGCAGAGUUCUCGGAACAGUCCGAAUAGUCCGUGUUUGGGCCACCAAAUGUCGAACGUGAGCGGCGCUAGCGCGAGCGGCGGUUCAGAUUUCGCUAACGACGAGUUUUUCAUCGACGAGAGCCUACCGUCGAGCCUCAGUAUCGAAACUGGUCACAGUCAAUGUUCAGAAUUUAAUAAGCAGCUCGAUACCGCGCACAAUGUCGUGGCUUUGUUACAGGACAACCUUCAAAUAACAAGAAGCGAAUACGAUAAGCUGAAAAGCUGCUUGGUGAAGCUGCACGAAUUAGCGCAGGAAGCCAUGGUUCAAUUGCGCCUCGAAAUGUCCGAUUUGAGGGCUCAAGUCGAAUCCAACCGGAACGAUUUGGCCUUGAAUUUGAAGGAGUUUUGCAGCUCGUGGAACAAUCUGAUAGUGAUGAGAGAUAACGAAGAGAAAGCGACCAUACGAGAGAUCAACGGCAACUUCGAGGGGAUUAUUAAAGACUUGGAGGAGCAGAAGCGGGCGAAAGAUCAAAAAAUCGAGGAACUGUUGAUGGAGAAAUCGACGUUGGAAGGCGAAAUUCUCAAAUCCUGCGAAAGCCUAAACGAACUGCAGGAGAAUUUCAACAAAACGACGGAGGAGAAUUCGAAAACGAUAGACGAUCUGCGCAAGCGACUGGAAGAAAAGGAAAUUGAGAAAGAGAAGAGCGUGAAGGAAGCAUCGGAUAAUCUCAGAAAGACCCACAAGGCCGAGCUGGAGAACAUCAGGGCGCGAUUUAAAUUGAUGACGAUGGAGCGCAGUCCUUCCGACAACAGCCUGGAGAAAUCCUCGGAUUUCAGCAGUUUGCCCAAUCACUCGAUUUUCAUUCAACAAAUGGCCGAGAAUUUCGAACUGGACAAGGAGAGGGCCGUCAACGAGGCCAUCGCCGGCGAACGCCAGAAAUGGGAGAAACUUCUUUCCAUCAGAAUCAAGGAACUGGAGAACAAAUUCGGGGAGGAAAAGGACGCUCUGAUGACGAACUUGGCGAAGCAGAUAACGGAAGAAAAGGAUAAGCAAAUCGAUAUUUUGAUGCAGCGCGAGAAGAACCUCAAUCUCGAGUGCAUCAAAUACAAGAACACCAUACAGCAAUUGACAGAAAACGAAACUGAAUACAGCGAAACUGAAUUAUUAAAAAAAAUCGCCACUCUACAAGAAGAAAAGGGUACGUUGGAGGACGAAUUGGUGAAAAUCAAAAGGGAAAAGAGCAUCGAUUUGACUACUUCGUUAGCUGUAUGUGAUGGAAAAGUGGACGCGGCCGGUAGUUCGCCGAAGCAAAAAGACUCGUCCAAAGGCGAUUGCUCCAAAGGCAAAAUCAGCAUCGACAGCUGCAAACCGGGCGAUUUAGUAUUAGUCAUGUGGGACGAGCAACACGAGAAUUUCAAAAUUUUACAAGAGAACAAACACAUGUUCUUUUUGCAUUCCGAAUACAUGGCAGGCCUGGGCUUGGAAAUAACCACCGGCAGGCCUAAUAGGAUGUUUUGCCUAGGCGAAGUGCUCGACAAGGAAUAUUGCUACGCUAGAAAGUCUGAAAAUAGAUACAAAGUGCCGAAACGAACGAAAUUCUUCCGCGUCAAAGUGAAAGGUUUGAAUCCCCCGUUGCUGGCGCGCGACUCCAUCUCCAGCCAGAGCUUCUACCAAGCGAAGGCGUCGUCGGACGGUGCUCGCAUGACGCAAAGUCAAUCGGGCGUCUCUUCGACGGGCAAGGAGUCGAUGGGGGAGGAGAAGAGCGGCCCGCAGUCGCUGCCGUCGUCGCCGACGAGGCCGGCGCCGCCGGAGAGGAGCGAGCUGGAGCCGCUGGAGGAAAAGGAGUCGGAGGACAGCGCGGACGGGACGAGGGAGAGAAGGGCCGGGCAAUGGUCGGAGAAGCACUUUGCCGAAGAUAGCGGCAUCGUCGAUAUCGUGGAGAGCGUUUCGGCAGCUGCGGAUGAUACUCUGACUUCGGAUAGUCACAGUAGAAACGAGAGUGAGAGUAGUGAUAGGUAGGUGUGAUAUUUUUUUUAAUUCAUUGUGUUUAUUGAAAAUUUUAGAUAAGGUAAAUGUCAAAGUUUAUACAAUAUAUAAAAUAUAAAUAGUGUAUUGAAUUAUAUUUUUAAGUUACCUAUAAAGUUUUGUGUUUUUGUUUUAUUUUUU